AGCAAUUUCUAGCAAUGAAAAUUUAGUACUUCACAAACACCUUAACAAUGGCUUCUCUCUGCCACCAAAAACUUCACCAAAAACUUAUUUCAGCCACCACCUUAAUAUCUUCUGCAUGAAAACUCAGCCUAAACAUGUGGCAAAGAGUUCUAUUUCUGAGUCAUCACAAGCCCAAGAAGAACUAGUGACCUCCAAACCCCUAAACUUAGUAUUUCCUGAGUUCAAUUUUGAUGAGUACAUGAAAUUGAAGGCAAAAAUGGUGAACAAAGCUCUAGACGAGUCAGUUCCUUUGCUAACUCCAAUUAAAAUCCAUGAGGCCAUGAGGUACUCCCUUUUUGCAGGAGGAAAACGUGUCCGGCCUGUAUUAUGCCUUGCUUCUUGUGAAAUAGUAGGAGGAGAAGAAUCCAUGGUUUUGCCCAUGGCUUGUGCUGUUGAAAUGAUCAACACAAUGACACUCAUUCAUGAUGACCUCCCGUGCAUGGACAACGAUGAUCUGCGCCGUGGAAAGCCCACUAAUCACAAGGUUUUUGGGGAAGAAACUGCUAUUCUUGCGGGUGACGCACUGUUGUCCCUUUCUUUUGAACACGUAGCAGCCAAGACUCCAAGAAAUGUGUCACCCCAGAGAGUGGUUCAAGCCAUUUCUGAACUCGGCUCUGCGGUUGGAUCACAAGGGCUAGUUGCAGGGCAAGUGGUAGACAUAGCCAGCGAGGGGAAACAAGCACACUCAAAUGCGUGGAUCUCACCUAAAUUUAAUGGCAAAAAGUUAACCUACCCCGUGUGA